AUGGGCAGACACGAGGCUGGCUGGAGUUCUUGCGCUGAGGAGGAUGCAGAUGCUCUGUCCUGCCCAGAACACCAGGAGGGUUUCGACGGUUCUUGCUAUGAGUUUGUGGGCCUGCAGCGAUCUUUUCUUAGUGCCCAGGGAUGGUGUGAGCAAGGCGGAGGACACCUGGCCUUCAUCCUCAACGAUGAAAUGCAGCAGUUCCUUCAGAAGCACCUGCAGCCGGAGACGGACUGGUGGCUCGGGUUGGCACCUGCGGCUCCAAACCUCACGCUGGACUCUACUUCCACUGAGGGUUCCCUUGCAUGGUUGGACGGCUCAGAUGUCAGCUAUAAUAACUGGGUGAACCUGCCGGAUGCACAAGCAGCCUGCGGACACAUCCUGAGACAUUCAAGCUUUCAGUGGGAAGCCACAGGAAACUGUAGCCAGGAGCUCAACUUCAUUUGCCAGUUUGAUUCUGGGAGAUCUAUCGCGUGCGAUGGACAGAAUGCCACGCUGCAGUGCGGUUCUGGUCACGUUAUAGAGAUUGACGACAGCUUCUACGGGCGAAAAACAAUUCACUACUGCCGAUCCCAACUGACGGCGUCGCCCACAUCCUCCCAGGAGGAGUGCAGCUGGAUAGAUGUGGUAGAUUCAGUAACAGCUCAUUGCCACGGACGGCAGGCUUGCCAGGCUCCAGUGGAUCUGAGCUCUUUCGGUGAACCGUGUCCUGUGCUGGGAAGUUACCUGUCUGUAGAGUACCGCUGCAAACUUGGACUUCACUUGCUGAUCAGUAAGCUGGCGGCCGUCUUUGAUAACGUCACCAUCACUGUGAAGUGGCUCCUUCAUCCAUUUCAGGGAAACUUAACGUGCACUCUGAACGCUGGAGAUGGCCACACUAUUGAUCCAUACAGCCCAGAGGAGAUGGAGAGCACAAUCAUACACAAGUUCAGCCAUCCUGGUGUUUUCAUGGUGGGAGUGGAGUGCACGACCAGCGACUGGCGUGUUGCAGCUCGGAAAGCAAUAACCAUCCAGGAGCCUGUUGGAGAGUUUAGUGUCAUCAGGUGUUAUAGCAGGAACAUGUCAACAGAGGGCGCUAAGUGUAAUGCACUUUAUGGCCCCCCUGUUCAAAUCCAGCUCACGGUCGAGGCAGGUACAAAUGUUUCCUACACUAUUCAUCGCGAAGCCCAUUUGGUUGCAAACUCAUCAGUGAAGAAAGGGAACACACCCCACAACAUCACACUGAAUGCCAGCGUGGUGGAGCAGCUUGGACGCGGCUGCCAUAAUCUGACCGUGGCUGCAUCCAACAGGGUCACAACCAGCACGGUGUCCACCGACCUGGAGCUGUGUCUGCUGGAGCCGAUCGAAGGCCUGCAGGCCUCCGUGAUAACGGAGAAGGACACGUGUCCAGAUUCCACCGAUCUCGUCAUCGGUGUCUUGUUGGAGCGAGGAGCACCUGCAGAGCUGCUCUUCACUCUCACUGGAGCCAAGGACACACUGUCUGAGCCCAGAGACUUGCACAAUGACAGCUUACAAGCGUAUACAUUCUCCAGCCCACUUGAAGGAUCUUUUAGGGUGAAUGUACGAGCCGUGAAUGCCUUUUCAUCCUCUGAUGUGGACGUGGACUUGGGCAGCAUACUUGAAGCUUGCCAGAAUUACUCUGACUUUUCACCAGACAGUGAAGAAAAUACAGUGGGUAACGUGAGCGUCGACGACUCUGCUGACUUAAAAAUAAUUUCUACUCCCGACGUUUUGGUCGACUACAAUCAGAGCGUCACGCUGACAGUAAAUGGAACUGAAUCAUUACCCGUCAGAGGACUUGCAUUUGAGUGGAAAUGUAGAGGAGACUGCAAAUGCACAAACAAAACAAACGAGGAAACUCAUGUGAUUGAAAAAGACUGCCUUCCAAACCCGUUCGAAAUGUUCAAAUACGCGUUAACUGUGAGGAAAAAGACUUGGUUUAGGAAAUGGGUUGGUAUCGCUUCAGCUUCCAAGUGCAUCACCGUCGCUCCUUCGACAGAAUUAACAGACGUCACCAUCAGUUGUGAUGAUUGUGCUUCGAUAAACGUGAACGACAACGUGAAGCUCAAGCUGGUCUGUGCGACAACUUGCCCAGACGUAGUUUGGCAUAUGGAAGACCCCAAACCUUUAGAAGGUAAAUUCAGGAGAUGUUACUCCAAAGCAGGAAGAAGGCCGCCUAUAGAGAAGCAGGAAGGCGCCACUGAAUAUACUGUACGCAGUCAAUAUCUAAAGGUGUCGAGGGACGCGCUGCACAACAUCACUGUGAUCGCUUAUGGCAAGAAUGUCCCCGGGUUUGUCACGUACACUCUGCCGAUACCGGGACCGGAGCCAACUGAGCCACCUGCAGCGACAACUGAUGCGCCCACGAACCCCUCAUGCAGCAUCUCACCACCGUCAGGAACUGUGCUUGAUGCUUUUGACAUUAGCUGCAAAGAAACCUCAUUCUGCUCUACAGGCUGUAAUUAUUGCUUCAAGACCAGUACAGGCAAACAUCUGCGCUGCACUAAUACAAAUGAAGUCAAAUCUGUCUUCCUGCCUCUCGGAGAUAAGAAAAACAACUACAGUUUGUCUGUUGUUGUGACUGUGAAAAACGAACAUAAGGAAGUCACCACAACUGUGGCCACGCAGGUCCGGACAAAUAACUCCAGUGCCUCCGUUCAGACUCUCCAGUCUGCAGUGGAGGAUAGUGUGAGUCAGUUAGAGCAGCAAGGUCUGCUCUCCGGCGAGGCGAUCGGACAGAUAUUUACUUCCGUUUCUGAUAUACUGAAUACAGAAGCAGGCCAAGAUCAGAAGGAUGCGAGGUCAAAGCUCAGAGAGCAAAUGCUGACCAAAAUGACUGCAGUGCUGCUGGACUCCCCCAGCAACACAACUCAGGAAGUACAAGUGACAGCCAGAGCUGUGGCCGGACUCACGCUGCGCUCAGAUGAGCUCAGUCCUGCUGCUCAAGAAGAAGCAGGCUCCUUGUUGGUAGACCUCAGCUCCUCCCUCAACGCUAUCAGCGUUAAUCAGCACAGCAGGGAAGAUGAGCAAGUUGUGCAAGCAGCUGCACCAAUAGUCGAAGCAGCCAGUAAUAUUUUGAAUAUUUCAUCAAACAAAAAAGUCUCAGAUUUUCUUCUGACUGGGAUAAACAACGUUCAGAGCGCUCUGCUGAGUAAUAAAAAUCUGAAUGGAGAGCCUGCCAUUAUCGACUCUGGUCAGAUCAGUGUGUACGUGAACAGAAUAUCUCCACACACCAUGCAAAUGAAGGACAUAAAUGUGCAGAAGAACAGCUCCUCCAGGUUUUCCUUCCCCUCACUGCCUGCUCAUAUCGUCUCUCCAGAGGAGCCGGUGGACGUCAGAAUGAUGAGUUUUGAGAAGAAUCCAUAUUCCUGGAGGGACCAAAACAUCACAGGAGCUGUAGGAUCCGUGUCUCUCACCAGAGCCAACGGCAGCGUCAUUCCCGUUGAGAAUUUACCUGAAGAGAUAGAGAUCCUCCUACCGAGGCUCGACGUCGGGCAGGAGAACAGCACAGUGCUGGACCUCGCCAAUUUCAGCACAUUAAUAAUUGACGUCCCCUCGCCGGAUGUAACGCUGGUGCUGAAAAUGGAGCCAUCUGAAGACAUUUCCUUCAUGCUAUUCCUGGGAUACAAAGAUUAUCCAAAUGAUGAGAAUUACGUAGCCAAGACUCAGAUCCCCCUGGAGAACGCAAAAGAAGAGGAGAAGUUCACCUGGGUGCUGAGUCCCAAAGACAGAACAGGAGAUGCUGGAGUGCACUACCUCGUUAUGAAGCCCAUCGUGGAGCCGGGCGUCAGAUCCGUCAACGCCACUGUCACUGUUGUUUCCAUCGCCGCCCAGUGCAAAUACUGGAACGAAACUGAGUCUUCGUGGAGUGAAGACGGCUGCAGGGUUGGUCCGCUCACCACUCACCUGGUCACCCAGUGCCUCUGUAACCACUUGACUUUCUUCGGCAGCUCGUUCUUUGUCAUGCCGAACUUGGUGGACGUGUCCCGCACCGCUGAGCUUUUUGCUACGUUCACCAACAACCCUGUGGUGGUGUGUUUUGUUGGGGCCAUUUUUGCUGCUUACCUCGUGGUGGUUAUAUGGGCGCGCAGGAAAGACAUCCAGGACUCAGCCAAGGUCAAGAUAACAGUUCUUGAGGACAACGACCCCUUGGCUGAGUAUCGUUAUAUGCUGAAUAUUAGCACAGGGCACCGCCAUGGCGCAUCUACGUCUUCUCAGGUGACCAUAACUCUGCUGGGUACAGAGGGAGAAAGUGAGCCCCACCACCUGACGGACUCCGAGAAGCCCGUGUUUGAGAGGGGCGGGGUGGACAUGUUUCUGCUGACCACACACUUUUCUCUCGGAGAUCUGCAGAGCAUAAGACUGUGGCACGACAACUCAGGAGAACACCCUGCAUGGUACGUCAACAAAGUGAUGGUGCAGGAUCUGGAGACCGGUCAGAAAUGGCACUUUCUGUGUAACUCCUGGCUGGCUGUAGAUGUGGCAGAGUGCACUCUAGACAAGGUCUUUCCAGUAGCAACGGAGACGGAUUUGAAGCGAUUCAGCAAUCUGUUCUUCAUGAAGACAGCCAAGGAUUUCCGGGAUGGCCACAUCUGGUUCUCUGUGAUCAGUCGGCCUCCGUGCAGCACUUUCACACGUGUGCAGCGAGUGUCCUGCUGUUUCUCCCUGCUGCUCUGCACCAUGUUGACCAGCAUCAUGUUUUGGGGAAUCCCUACAGACCCCUCUGAGCAGACCAUGGACCUCGGUCACAUCGAGUUCACCUGGCAGCAGGUCAUGAUCGGAAUUCAAAGUUCAAUCAUCAUGUUUCCCAUCAAUCUCCUCAUCGUGAGCAUCUUCAGAAACACUCGUCCUCGAGAGAAAACCAGCAAAACAGAAGCAUCGAAACAGGGCAAGACCGUUCGAGUGUCUCCCUCGCAGACUUCGUCCCCUCAGAAGGAGCAGAAGGACAUCACGCCAGACACAGUGAUCAAGGACAUAAAGAGGAUCGCUCAGUCACUCUCAAAGGCCAUGAAGAGUCCGCUGCCACAUCUGGAGCUCCAUCCUGGUCAGCCGGCUGACAUCAACACUCUGCUGUCUCUGGUGGAGGACAUCAUCAGACAGCAGAACCGAGCGGCUGGAGACUUCUACACCGACGCCUCCAAGAAGGAUCGCGCUAUGAUCCUCAGCUUAGGUGCAGUGAAUCUACAAGAAGACAGCAUGUGGGGAAGCCCCGAGAAGACGUCGGAUGAAGCUCAGAAGAAGAGCAACAACAGCCGCUACCUGUACAGGCAGCUGCGUCAUGUUGAGAAGGAGCUCGGUCUGCUCGGGUCGUCUCGUUUUCCAAACCCGGACAGCUUUCGCCGGGCCAUGCAGCAAGUUCAGGGAAUGAAGGGUCUCCUGGAGUUCCACCUGCCCUCGUCCAGCCUGGACGGAGACAACCGCAGCCCCAGUCCUGAGGAGAGCAUCGCUGAAAGCACUAACAAGAAGUGCUGCCAAGGAGGGCUGCCCUGGUGGUUUGUGUUUGUUGGCUGGAUCCUGGUGAUUGCAACCAGCGGUGUGUCGGGGUACUUCACGAUGAUGUACGGGCUGACGUACGGCAAAGAGCGCUCCAUCAGCUGGCUCAUUUCCAUGGUGGUCUCCUUCUUUGAGAGUCUCUUUAUCACCCAACCUCUCAAGGUUCUUGGUUUUGCAACUUUUUUCGCUCUUGUUCUGAAGAAAGUCGACCAGGAGGAAUACGGAGAGCCUCAGAUAGACGAGAGUCUCAGAAAUCCAGAUGACCCUGAUGCGAUGCGAGCAGCCAGAAGAGACAGCACAUGCAGUUUCUAUCAACCACCGCCUCCUACAGACAUCGAGAGGAUGCAGAGCAACAUGAUCAAGGAGCAGAAAGUCUUUGCCCUCAUAACGGAGAUUCUCGCCUACAUGGGGUUUAUGUGGAUGCUGCUCCUGGUGGCUUAUGGUCAGAGGGACCCCAACGCUUACUUUCUGACCCAACACAUCCGCCAGAGCUUCAGCAAAGGGAUCUCAGACACCAUGAGCAUUCAGGACGUGUUCGGCUGGGCAAACACCACUCUGCUGAGCAACCUGUUUGGAGAGUAUCCAGGAUUCAUCACCGACGGAAACUCGAAGCUGGUCGGUAACGCUCGCCUCCGCCAGGUGAGGGUGCAGAAAAACUCCUGCCACGUCGCUCGCUCCAUGCAGCGGUCUGUGCCCGACUGCCACGCUCUGUACUCGUGGGAGUUGGAGGACAUGGGCUCCUACGGUCCGGGAUGGAGUCUCUCCGCGGGCGAUAACGCCUCGGUUAACAGCCCCUGGACGUACAAGUCUCAGGGCAAGCUGAGGGCCUACCCCGUCUGGGGCAGCGUGAUGCUCUACAGAGGAGGAGGGUUUGUGGUGGAUCUGGGGCCGGACUUGCAAAACUCCAGCGGGAUCCUUCAGUACCUUUACGACAACACCUGGUUUGACGCGUACACCCAGGCCAUCUUCGUUGAGUUCACCGUGUACAACGCCAACGUCAACCUCUUCUGCAUUGUUACGCUCAUGCUGGAGACCACAGCCAUAGGGGCUUUCCAGUUCCGCAGCGAGCUUCAGAGUGUUCGUCUAUACCAGUCGACCGGCGGCCUUCACAUCUUUGUCAUGGCUUCUGAGGCCAUCUACUUCCUCUUUAUCAUUUAUUACAUGGUCGUUCAGGGGAAGCUGAUGAGGAAACAGAAGUGGGCUUACUUCCAGAGCAAGUGGAACCUUCUGGAGUUGGCCAUCAUCAUUCUGAGCUGGAGCGCGUGUUCUGUCUUCAUCAAGAGGACGUUACUGGGGAAUAGAGAUAUGAACUAUUACCAGAACAACAAAGACCAAUACGCCAGUUUCCAUGAGACAGCCAAGGCCGACGCCGUGCUCGGGUAUCUGAUUGCCUUCCUGGUACUGCUGGCUACGGUCAAACUGUGGCACCUGCUGAGACUGAACCCCAAGCUGCACAUGAUCACAGCCACGCUGCAGCGAGCCUGGACUGAUAUUUCAGGCUUCCUGGUGGUCAUGACCAUCAUGUUCCUGGCCUAUUCCAUUGCUUCUAACCUGAUGUACGGGUGGAAGCUGUACUCCUAUCGUACUCUGCUCGACGCUGCACAGACCAUGGUCAGCUUGCAGCUCGGUAUUUUUAACUAUGAAGAGGUUCUGAAUUAUAACCCGGUGCUCGGUGCGUUCCUCAUCGGCUCCUGCAUCGUGUUCAUGACCUUCGUGGUGCUGAACCUCUUCAUCUCCGUCAUUCUGGUGGCGUUCAGUCAAGAGCAGAUCCAUCACAAGCCAUCGGAAGAGGACGAGAUCGUGGACCUGAUGCUGAUGAAACUCUGCAGUCUGUUUGGACUCAAAUGUAAGAAGCGAGAGGCCGACGUCCUGACUGAGAGGCCGGCUGUUUCAUCUGCUCCGAACAACAGACUCUCUACGAUUUCUUCUGGAAACGACGGAUGACGUGUCACACUUUAGUCACAUCG